AUGAGUUUCGACACGGGAGGGGUGUUUAAUCCCCCCCUUCCCCCUCAAACGGAACAAAUGGAGGUGGUUUCUGCAGCAGAAAGCCUCCUGAGUAUCCAGAAUUCGUUUUCUUCAAGUCAAGAAGACCUAAAUCCAGAAUCAAAGAGACAACGUCACAAUCACAGUCACAAUGACCAACACUCUGACACACACAUCCCAAAACAAAUAGUUGAUAAACAAAAAACGAAAACAACUACACCUCCUGGAGACAACCAAAGUGACACACAAACAAAAUCUCCCCUUUACUAUGACAAUUCCUUGAAAUCUAAUUGCACUAUCUUUAUCCAACGCGAUCCAAAAUCACCUGAUGCUAAAAAAGACCUAAAUAACAUGUCGAUAGGUCGCAUUUUACACUCCACUUUUCCGGGUAAGAUUGUCGAUAUUAACCGUAGCGGUUUUGGUAAAGUUAGAGUCGUAUUAAAUUCAGGCAAAGCUGCCAAUCAACUUCUUAAAGAUAAAUCGCUUUCAACAAAAGGACUAAUUGCUAUAGUCCCUGCUAACUUUGUGUCUUGCCAAGGUGUCAUGAGUAAUGUUCCUGUGGACAUUACAAUUGAUGAAAUCCUUGCAAAUACUGAAAUUGUAGGUCCUCAUGUGAGAGACAUAAAAAUCAUUAACGCCCGUCGUAUGAACAGAAAAACGCUUGACGGAAAAGAUAAUUCUGUCAAAUAUGUACCAACCACAACCGUGCUCCUCACUUUUUCAGGCACAAUUCUUCCGCAAAGAGUAGCGAUUUACAAGGGAUCAAGUCAGAUUCGCCCUUAUAUCCCCGAUCCACGCAUGUGCUCAAAAUGUAGCAGAUUUGGACAUAUUGCCAAAUUCUGCAGAUCAAAACCUCGUUGUCAAUCCUGCACAUUGGAGGUCAUUCACGACAUCAAUAACAUUUGCACAGGUCCUAAAGAUACACCUGAGUGCCUUAACUGUCACGGAAAACAUAUGAGCUCCUCAAAAGAUUGUCCAGAAUUUAUUUUUCAAAAGAAAGUCCGCGCUUAUGCCACGAUUCAUAAAACUUCUUUCAACGAAGCCAAAUCAAUUCUCCGCCCAUCCAAUCACCAAACUUCUAAACAAGCGUUCAAUUUUUCUGACUUCCCCGAAUUAGGUGAGGCUCCUACUCCCACUUUUAGCACGUCUCAAAACGCCUCUCGAUAUCUUUUCUCGGAAGCAACAAAUGUUACCUCCCAUCAUUCUGGAAGCUCAAAAAAUGCGUCACUCAGCCUACAUCAAAAGCCAACACAAUCGCGUAAAAGAUCUGUUCACAACUCUUUCUAUGCAACUCACUGGAACAAUGGAAGGAGUGAUAACAUCUUUUCUAAUGGCUCUGCCUUGUCUGCUCCAUCACCAUCAGAUUUUUCCUCAUCUUCCACUACUUCGUCACCUCCAAAUGUAGAUCCUCUUUCAACAUUCCUUACCUGGCUGAAUAACCAGGUCGCACAAAUUUCUUCUACCUCCUCUCCGGAUAUAGUAAAACAAAAACAGGAUAAACUUUCUGAAAUCAUUGAAAGUUUACGGUCCCUUUUCGAUUCUGGUCCUUCCGUUAAUGGCCAAUCUAAGUAA